UAAAUUUUCUAUACUUUUUAUUAAAAAUACUUGAAGGUAGCAAUAAAGGUAAAAAUGGUUGGUUCUAGGCAAAUAAGAAAGUUAGUUAAGAAAGAAAAGGAAGAUUUACGGAGAAGACUAGAAACUUCAAUUGGAAAUUCUGUGGAGGUAAAUAGUAUAGGAGAAACUUUGCACAGUAAUUUUACUGAGUCAGUAGUAGAAUUGAAAGAAGAAGUGGAAGAAAGUAGUAUACUUGAAGAGGCAGGCAUCAUAGGAGCAGAAUCAAACUUUGGUUUUGAUUUAAAUAAACUUAUACAUGAAACGCCGUUGGAAGUCAUGCUCUGUGAUGAAAACAAACAGCUCCGGGAAGAAAUUCAAGGAAUGAAGGCGAGUAUAGACAGCAUAGCCAAGGAUGUGGUCCAGAUAAAAAGUCUUUUGGUUGACUUGGCCGAUGGAAUAUCAACCCAAACGGCGUACUUGAAAUUACUAACGAUGCGGGAUAACGCCAUCUCACCUCACCACCACCUUGAGGUGCAGGGGUCAACCUUCCCCAUUAGUUCGGAAAUCGAACUGAUGGAGGUUGACCUAAAGGUUUCCGAAAAUAAGCAAAAAUAUAUAGGAGAGAUGAGAAUGCUCCUGAGACAUGCACCGAUGAGCAGGUCAAUAAAGCAGGUGAUGACCGAGGACCUCAUUUGUGGUUACAACGUGGACGGCGUGAGCGGAAAGAAAAGUUUAAGAGACUACAAGUCGUUUCUUUCGGCUUUACUAGAGGCCAUAAUCCUAGUAGACGCGAGCCAGCCAGCGGAGAAGUCACUACGGAGCGCCAUGGCCUCAGUAAAAAAUAACGCAAGUCACCGCAAAAAAAGAAAGUGAUAGAGGUUAUUAGUUUGCAAAUUAGCGCAAUUUAGCAUUUAUUGUUUAAUUUAAAAUAAAAAUUUAUACUUA